AUGGAGGAGAUCGAAAAGGAAAUCGAGGAAGCUUCAGAUUGGGAAACCAAGAUAAACGAAGUGAUUGCGAAAAUUGAUGAAUUUAAGAGAGGGAGUUAUGGCCCUUCUCCGGCUAGCAGCAGACGCUCCAGCAUUCAAGCGUUUUCUCAAAGCGAGGAAAGAAGUCAACAUGAGAAUAUUCUGUCAUUGCCAGCGCAAAAUCUGAAUCGGAGGUCAGAGGAGUCGAAUGUAGGCGCAGGAGUGAAGUUGCCAAAAAUAAACCUACCACGUUUCAACGGUGAUGUCACUAGAUUUAGUUCGUUUUGGCAAAGUUUCGAGUGUGCGGUGCACAAUAAUGGCUCAAUACCCACUAUCAACAAGCUGAAUUAUUUGUUUAGCCUACUGGAAGGCCUAGCAUAUCGAGCAGUCGAAGGAUUGAACUUGCAAGAAGAAAACUAUAAUCAUGCAGUUGACAUUUCACGAUUCGGUAAGCGACAAGCAAUAAUUAAUGCACAUAUGCAAUCGCUCUUGAAGUUGCAGGAUUGUCCCAAUGAAAAUGUUGAACAGCUGAGGAAAUUUAUGACACCAUAA